AUGACUCUGGUGUCUGCACAUAUACCACGGCACAGCCUGUAUAGCCUGAUGGAUAGAUUGGACUGUGAUCUAGAUAAUAAAGAUGAUGAUAAUUCAUCCAGGCAACUUACACCUCUGCAGAAGCUAAUGCUGGAUGUGUGUCACGAUGAAAAAAACAUCAAGGAGCUGAAUGUCGGAAGAAGGGUGGGAUUCUAUAAAGCAUGUGGUCAGAUUGGGUGUGGAAACUUCUCCAAAGUCAAACUGGCCUUUCAUAGCCUUACCAAGGACAAAGUGGCUAUCAAAGUCCUGGAUAAGAUGCAACUGGACCUACAGACCCAGAAGAUGCUAUCCAGAGAGAUCUCCAUAAUGGAGAGCUUGUAUCAUCCAAACAUGCUUUGGCUCUAUGAGGUGUUGGAAUCACCAAGCCGAUUAUACCUAGUGCUGGAGUAUGCUGGAGGAGGAGACCUGCGCACCAGGAUGAGAUCUCAGGGAAAACGCUCCAAUCUAGAAAGCAAACUUGUGUUUGCCCAAAUCCUGUCUGCAGUAAAGCACAUGCAUGACAACAAUAUCAUCCAUCAAGAUCUAAAGGCAGAAAACAUCCUCUUCACUAGCAGCUCCUGUGUAAAAGUAGCUGACUUUGACUUCAGCACAAAGAUCAGCAACCGCAGCCAGAUGUUAAACACCUUCUGUGGCUCCCCUCCAUAUGCAGCACCAGAGCUCUUCAAAGACAUGGCCUACAUGGGGCCACCUGUAGACGUGUGGGCUAUGGGAAUUCUUCUUUUAUUAAUGGUGACUGGGACCAUGCCUUUCCAUGCUGACACUAUUCCUAAGCUGCGCCAUUGUAUACUACAGGGAGUUUAUGUUCUUCCCCCAUGGGUGUCUGCUCCAUGUCAGCACCUGAUACAGGGGAUCCUCAAACCAGAACCUACAGAGCGCUGUGCACUGGAUCAGAUACUAGUUGAGUGGAUGCUCCCAGUGGAGAUUCUGCAUCCCAUCCCUCACUUGUACCAGCUUAACCCUGUCCACUUGCUUAAGGUGCAGCCAGGAUGGGCAGAGCAGGAAGAGGUAUGUGCUGCCCUGCAAGAACUUGGAGUCACAGAGGAACACAUUCUCAACAACCAGGGCAAGAACAGUCAAAGCCCAGUAACAGGUAUCUAUCGCAUUGUACUCCAUCGGAUCCAAAGAAACAGGAGAACCAAGUGUCUGCCUUUAAUCACAGGUGUAGUCAAAGACCCAAAGCAGGACAGUCUUCGCAUCUACAGGAAUUUACGACAUACCUCAAAACUGUGUGUCCUUUCUUAA